UGCCGGGAGCUUGGUGCGCAAUGGCGACACCCAGCCUUCGAGGACGCCUGGCGCGGCUAGGAAACCCCAGAAAGCCUAUACUGAAGCCUAGCAAGCCUCUCAUCCUAGCUAACCGUGUCGGGGAACGGCGCCGGGAGAGGGGCGAAGCGACCUGUAUCACGGAGAUGUCGGUGAUGAUGGCUUGCUGGAAGCGGAAUGAAUUUCGCGACGAAGCGUGCGGAAAAGAAAUCCAGGACUUCUUCGAUUGUGCUUCGAAGGCUGAGGCAGCCCGAAAGAUGAGAUCAGUCCAGGGAGAGUAUGGGAAUUUACCCCCUAAGAAAGUGAAUAUGUUGUUACAGAGGUUUCCUAACAAACCACACAUCAGCUGAAAAUGGGGAAGCAUUUUCAGUGACUGGACUGUAGCUUCUGAAAACUAUGCAGAGGCAUUUUAGAGACAUUCGCAAUGCUGUGUUCUAUUUGAAGGGUAAAAGGAGGCAAAACACUUUUUUCAUGCUUUGGAAUUAUUGUCUGGGAGGAAGUUAUGCUUUAUCUUGAAAUAAACUCCUCUGAAGAGAACUUGGCCUUUUGUUGUGGAUUAGCAACUCCCUCCAUACUUGAAUCCUGUAUCCUUCCCUAAACUCUGGAAGUUCUUUGCUCCUUGGUAUGCCUCAGGAGCAGGACAAAAACCAUCAUUUUAUCCUGCAUCUGAAGUCCUUUACAACAUUUAGCGCCCUUGCCUUUGGAUGCACUAAGGAUGCCUAUAGAUUAUCACAUGUUUUUUUGUUGGGUUUUUUUUUUGCCAUCAUCUGUGAGUAUUUAGUGACUACCUAUGUUGUGCAUAGCUCCUGCAAACUAGUGAUCCAAAAGUACUGCAGAUGUAUUUUAUUUGGCUCACAUAGUUAAAAAUUUGUUUUUAUAUUAGCUGACCACAUUGAAAACCAGGAAAAAUGUCAUUUCAUUUUAUUUUAAUUUAAUUUAAUUUAUUUUUAGAGAGAAGGGAAGGGAGGGAGCAAGAAGGAGGGGAAAGGGAGGGAGAAAGAGGGAGAGAAACAUCAGUGUGUGUGAUUGCCUCUCACGCACCCCGUACUGGGGACCUGACCCACAACCCAGGCAUGUGCCCUGACUGAGAAUCGAACCCGCAGCCCCUUGGUUCACAGGCCAGCACUCAAUCCACUGAGCCACACCAGCCAGGGCUCAUUUAUUUUUUUAAAAUAUUUUAUUUAUUUAUUUUCAGAGAGAGGGGAAGGGAGGGAGAAAGGAAGAGAAACAUCGGUGUGCAAGAGAUAACAUCGACUGGUUGCCUGUUGCACACACGCCCCCAACGGGGAACCUUACCUGCGACCCAGGCAUGUGCCCUGACCAGGAAUCGAACUGCUUAGCUUCCAAUUCGCAGGCUGGCACUCAAUCCACUGAGCCACCCACACCAGCCAAGGCAGGAAAAUGUCAUUUAAAAAAAAUCCACUUUUUAGCUUUUCUUUAAAAACAAGGAAAAGGUCUGGCAAUCCUACUUUCUCAUUACCACAUGACAAUAAUCAAAUACAGCUGAUUAUUGUUCCUCUCCAUUUUCAUGGGCCUGUCCAUUGGACUCCCCAAAAUAGUGCAACUGAGCCUUAAUUGGCAGUUACCUUCUUUGUGUGUCACCUCUCUACCUCUCUCAUCCACUCAGAUGCUGAAGGCAUUUAUUUUUGUGACCCCCCCACCCAUGUUAGAAACAACUGUAUAGCAUUUUAUAAAUCCUCUGUCUUUUCAGCUAUAACUGAUUUAACGUUUGCACCUUCCAGCAUUAUUUGGACAAGGAGAUAAGUGGGGUUUUUAAAGCUCCAGCGGGAUAAUUAAGAUAAAGGGUCUUGCCUCCCUGAUCCUCCACAAGCCCCUCUACCUAUAGUCCUCAUACUCCAUGGAUAGAGCACUGAGCAAUUGUCUGGUUCUGCAAGUUGAGGCUUUUAGCUAUAGGAAGAAGUUAAGUGGUUAAGCCUCUAAACUUUGGCCUAGACUUAGGAGUCCUUAACAUAGAGUCAAUAGACGCCCCAGCAAGAGAUCUGUGAACAUGGGUGGGAAAACACACUUAUCUUUAACCACAACUGAUUUAGCAUUUUGGUUAGGACUGUGAAAUAAACCACAGUGUCAUUAAAAAUACCUAUAUGAAAUCACGGUAUUUUCAUAUCCUAUUACAGUUUGUUACAGGUACUUCAGUAUCAUUUAUAUUCAUCACUGGCUUCAAAAUUAUUGUAACUAUUAUUGUAGCUAUUACUGCUGGAUCUUAUGUAAUGCUUAAAUAAAUAUUACUAUGUUACAAAUUUAUUAAAUUUUGAUAAUUGUGUUUCAACAUAA